GCCUUUAGACUGUAUUUCAUUUUUAUUACAAGUGAAAUAUCUAAUUGCUGAAACAGGCCAAGGUUUAUCUUAUCUAAACUGCAGGUGAAACGCUUAUAAUAGGUAUAGAUGGAAAUAGCAUCGGUUAUUGAACAAACAGCUGACGAACAAAAUACAAUGAUUAACCAAACUUACGGUGUCUGACCAUGGAUCCUCGACGUCGUGCCCAGGACGUGUUACGGUGUCACAUCUGUGACACACAUACCUCUUUGCACUGUGAAAUUUGUCAAAUUCAUUUGUGUAAAGCCUGUGUUGGGGAUCAUCUUUCAGAUGAAUCCAAAGACCAUAAAGUUGUACCAAUAAAAAAACGAGAAUCUACUCCUACAUGUUCUAAACAUUCAUCAAAACAAUGCGUGAUUCACUGUGAGCAAUGCGACAUUCCUAUUUGUGUGCAAUGUAUUUCUUCUGGUGAACAUGAGCAACACAAAAAAGUGGACAUUUUGAAUAGUUUCGAGAAGAAAAAAGAAGUAUUGCAAAGAGAUCUAGAAGAACUGGAGAAAAUAAUUUAUCCACAAUAUCAAGACAUUAUUUCCAAAAUCCAGACGGAAAGAGUCGAUAUAAGUAUACACUUUGAGAAACAGAGAACAGAAAUUAAGAAACAUGGAGAUGAUUGGCACAGAGAAAUAGAUACAAUAACCAAAAAACUUACAACAGACGUCAAUAGUAUGGAAUCCAACAGUUUGGCCGUCUUAUGUGGAGAGGAAAUUAAUAUCACUUGCAUAAUGUCUGAAAUUACACAGUUUAUAACAGAUCUCCAAACAGUUUUAGAGUCCAAUGAUGUAAGUUUUACUUUUGCAUAUAAAUCCCGGAAUAGUGAUUUUAAAGAAAUGCACCCUUUACGGAAAUCGGCCACACCAAGGGGUAUAUUUACGCCCCAAAACAUCGAAAAAGAACAUAUCUAUCAACAGUUUGGUUCUCUCUUAUUAUCAGAUGAACAUGGUUUUGCAGUAAUGUUUGCUUCUCAUGAUUUUUCUCCGAAUAAAAGACCAGGAACUGAAAAACCACGAAUAAUCAGAGAAAUAAAAACUGAACAUGAAGAAAUAAAUCGGCUGUACAGUGUGUGUUGUCAGAGUGAUCAAGAAGUUUGGACAAGCAGCAAUGACCAUAUCAUGAGACUCUUCAAUCUUCAAGGAGAAUUAGUGAAGUCAAUAAAAACCAAGUCAGGGAAUAAGCCAAAGGACAUUGCAAUAACAAAGAAAGGCUAUCUAGCAUAUACUGAUUACAUUGUUCAAACUCUGAACAUAGUGAAGGAAAAACAGAUACAGGAGAUAUGUGAUGUUUAAGAAACAUUCUAUGUACGACUUACUGAGUAAACUUUUUGAGUUUCACAUGUCGGCUGGAGCCGAGCUGUUUUGCUACAGAGCAUUAUGUCGUUUUGUGUGAAGUGUGCAGUGCCAUAGUGUAAGUGAAUGUUUAUCGCAUUGUAUAUGUAUCUUUCCAGAGUUUUGAGUGAAAUUCUAGUAUGCAUAAGCUUGCAUUUUCAUGAUAGUUGAGUAUUUCUCUCCAAUGUCUAUCGGCCGACAUGACCUACUUUCUGCAUAGUGCGCAGAUUCAUAUUUUGCAUAGCAUGCAAUUGUUUCAUUGUAUAAGCAUACAAUAUAAGUCUGUAUUUUAUCAUACAGUAUAAGUUCUUGGCAGAUUUACGAUGUAUAAGUAAAUGUGAAUGUUGUAAUUUUGGAAGGUUUUGCAAAACACGUGGUUGCUGAUGAAACUUAAAUCUAUGGAAAGCAGUUCUAGUCAAUAAUACAUUUGUAUACGGAAAUGUAUGGAGUCGCAUUAUUGUCAUAGUUAUUAUGUUUGUAAAUGUAUGUGUAUUGUAACAACAAUUCAUUUGUCUUUUGUAGCUUUUUACUAAUAAAGUAUGGAGACAAGUAUGCAUUCUUAAUCCAGAACAGUAAAAAGACUGGCUCUACAAGCACACAUGGC